GAGUCAGCUUAUCCAUGGGUCCAGAAUUCAUGAGUGCUAUGACAAUAGUUUCCUUUUGUUUCCCUUUUAGGGUGGUGGUGGUGGUAGCGGUGGAAGGAUGAAAUCGGACGGUGGUAAUAGUAGAAGAAGGGGAAUGAACGGAGGUGGUGGAGGUGGAUUUCCAGGAAUGAACGCAGGUGGUGGAGGUGGAUUUCCAGGAAUGAACGCAGGUGCUGGAGGUGGAUUUCCAGGAAUGAACGCAGGUGCUGGAGGUGGAUUUCCAGGAAUGAACGCAGGUGGUGGAGGUGGAUUUCCAGGAAUGAAUGGAGGUGGUGGAGCUGGACUUCCAGGAAUGAACGCAGGUGGUGGAGGUGGAUUUCCAGGAAUGAAUGGAGGUGGUGGAGCUGGACUUCCAGAAAACCCGAACUCGAGAAAAUAGUAAUUGUUUCCCCUUCUCUCACUUCAUUUCAACCUGAAACAAAAGAGAGUCCAAAGCUGGAAUAACGGAAUAGAUGGAAAUAUCUGAAUAUGCUGGAAAAGUCCAACAGCAUUCUUCAUAUCUACAACAUGAACAAGAUUGUUGUGCUCAAGAACAUCCAAUGAUCCAGUCUAUUCAGCGCUUGGUGGUGGUGGUGGCAGUAGAUAUAAUAUAUGGCUUGAUUUCUGUAGCAGAAUAGUUUCCUGUCCUUGGUGUGGGAAAAACUUUGUGAAAUAAAAACAAAUAAAUCUCAAUUGCACAAACA